AUGAGCUCUAAAACCGUCGUCUUCGACGUAGUCGGCACCCUCGUCGGCUACGACCACCUCUUCGCCGCGAUAGACCACCAACUCGGCGAACGGCUACGCGCCGAGGGAAUCAAGCCCUCGCUGCUUGGCUACACCUGGAUCGAAGUCGCCGAGCGCGAAUACACAUAUCUCAGCAUGUCAGGGAAAUACACCGUCUUCGCUGACGUCUUCCGCGCGCUGUUCUACCGCAUGCUCUGGAUGGCCGGGAUCUCGGAGCCGCGCGAGUUCGCAUCAGAGCAGGACCUUGCGUAUAUCAUGGAGCAGUACGCUGGCCUCACGAUGCGGCCUGGUGCAGCGGAGUGUGUGCAGAAGCUGCGCAAUGCCGGGUUUAGGGUUUGGUGCUUUACCGCGGGGGAUAUCAAGCGGGUUGGUGGAUACUUUGCGCGAGCGGGCAUUGAGAUGCCGGCUGAGGACCUGCUCUCGUGUGAUUCUGCUGGUGUUGGAAAGCCUGAUCCUGCGGCUUAUCGGCCGUUGCUGGAGAAGUUGGUUGCGGAGAAUGGGGGCAGGGUGCCUUGGUUUGCGGCCGGGCAUAUGUGGGAUGUCUCAGCGGCGAGGCGGGCUGGGUUUAAAGGGGCGUAUUCGGCAGUCUGGGAGAAGGAACCGUUGACGGAGCUGUUUGGGGAUAUGGAUGUUAUUGACGAGACACUGCCUGGCAUGGCUGAUAAGAUCAUUGCCCAUCAGGCUCACCAUAAGCGUCCAGCCAACAUGUCAGCACCGUCGCUCGCGCCCAAUUCGAUUACAUCCUUCUGGCGAACCGAGCCUCACUAUCUCGACAACCAUCGCUCCACUGAGUCUCUCCCGGCAGAAUGUGACAUUGUGAUUGUGGGCGCUGGGUAUGCUGGUGCUUCUGUAGCACAUCAUAUCCUAGAACAAACGGAUAGUUCGACUCGUCCCAAGAUUGUUAUCUUGGAAGGCCGGCAGGCUUGUUCAGGCGCAACAGGGAGGAACGGUGGCCAUCUGAAGCCUGACCCGUAUAAUCGCAUUGCGAGUCUAGCGACCGAGUAUGGAGUUGAAGCAGCGACCGAGGUGGCGCAAUUCGAGGCGCGGCAUGUCGAUGCUAUACAGCACUUGGUUGAGGAGGAAAAGAUUGACUGCGAGCUGACGGUGACUGAUGCAAUUGACGUCCAGCUUAAUCCGUCGCAUGCCCAGAGUCUCAAGGACGGAUAUGACCGGUUAGUUGCCAGUGGCUGCGAGCCUACGAAGAAGACGAGAUACAUCGGGCCUGCAGAGGCAGAAAAGUUCUCGGGCAUGAAAGUGGCAGCUGCAUGCUUCACCUACAAGGCAGGACAUCUAUGGCCGUAUAAACUGGUCAUGCAUCUGCUGGAAAGGGCUGUCCAGCGUGGCGUCAACCUGCAAACACAUACACCUGUGACUUCUAUCACGGAAUCGCAGUCACCGUCAACCCAUCGCUACACAGUCCAUACUCACAGAGGCACUGUCGCCGCAAAGAAAGUCAUAGUAGCAACCAAUGCCUACACUUCCUCCAUCCUCCCGCAGUACAAAGACCGCAUCGUGCCCGUACGAGGAACAUGCAGUCGAAUCAUUGUCCCUCCGCCUUUCAAUACCCCCAGUCAGCAAUUAACCAAGACGUACACUAUCCGGCAUAACAGCUGGAACUACGACUACUUGAUCCCUCGCCCCGAUGGAAGCAUUGUCGUUGGCGGUGCGAGACCGGCAUUCAUCGAUAACCCGGAUAAUUGGUACAACGUCAGCGAUGACAGUCGUGUCCUUGACUCUGCAGUGCGGUAUUUUGAUAACUACAUGCAGAAGCAUUUUGUGGGCUGGGAGGCGAGCCAUGCAUAUACAGACCGAGUGUGGACUGGGAUUAUGGGAUACUCUGCCGACGGCCUGCCACAUGUCGGAAUAGUCCCUGGGAAGACAGAUCAAUGGGUAAUCGGCGGCUUCACAGGACACGGCAUGCCGCAGGUCUUUCUUGCGGCGGAGGGCCUGGCCAGGAUGGUGCUCCAGGGAAUCAAGUUCAAGGAGAGUGGAUUGCCACGGCUAUUUGAAACGACGCAGGAAAGGCUGGACUCAAAAGUAAACCAUACAAUGAAGACUGUAUACGGGGAAAGAAACAUAUCACGGCUAUAG